AUGGGCACACGCGGGCCCUAUGCCCUGGUGGACACCACGCCGGCCAAGACCAUCUUGGUGUACCGCAACGGGGACCAAUUCUAUGUGGGCCGAAAGUUCGUGUUCUCGCGGCGACGCGUAGCCAACUUCGAGGCCCUGCUGGAGCAGCUGACCGAGCAGGUGGAUGUGCCCUUCGGAGUGCGGAGGCUCUACACGCCCACGCGCGGUCACCAGGUGCUCGGGCUGGAUGCCUUGCAGGCCGGUGGCAAGUACGUGGCCGCGGGCCGUGAGCGCUUCAAGAAACUGGACUAUAUUCAUAUAGUUCCCAGAAAACCUCCAAAGAUGAGAAAGUUGAAGGAGAUCAAGCCGGUGGUACAUUGUGACAUCAACGUGCCUUCCAGAUGGCAAACACAGAGCAGGACAUCUCGACAUAUAAAUGUUUUCACAAACGGAAGAUUAUUUAUCCCACCUAUAAAAAUUAUUAUACCCAAAUUCAGCCUAUCAGAUUGGAGCAGUGUGCUGGCCAUAAUUGGAGAAAAAGUCUUCCCUCUGGGAGGCGUUCGGAAGUUGUAUACGAUGGACGGGCAUCUUUUGGACAACUCAAAGGAUUUGCAAGACAAUUCUUUUUAUGUUGCUGCAGGACUGGAGACUUUCAAAUAUAUUCCUUACUGGAAGUCCCCACGGGUCCCCAGUGAGGUCCAGCAGAGGUUUGGGGGCAAUGAUAAAUACCCACAAACAAAGAAGAAAGUGGAGCCCAAAGACAAAGAACCUCUCAAAAAUGACAGCAUACCACCUAAAAGCCAGGAUUCGGUUUAUUAUGCCAAAGAGAAAAAGGAAACAGCUCCGGGACCCUUAGUUCAAAGUGGUGCAGAGGGUGAUGUCUAUAAAGCGCAGACUCUGGAUAAGGAGACCCAGGAAGCACUGGAAGCACUGGAAGUCAGGGAGGAUCCAGAGGUGAAGGUGGAGGUGCCGGUUGACCAGGUACCAGCUGAAAUUGUUAAAGAAAUUGAUGAGCUAGGCGGCAACAACCCUGACCUGGAAAGCGGUGUGGAAAAGGAAGUGGAAAGACUUUAUGAAGACAUCGACAGAAAGCUUCAUGUGGAUUGGUCCCUGAGUCUAGAGGGAGACCAUUCCCGAAUGUCUUUUAAGAAAAGGUUUCCCUUAAGACACCACAGAAAGAGAAAAGCAUUUCUCAAGAACUUCCGCAAGAAUAAAGAAGUGGUUCCGACUCCUGAAAAAGAACAACAUGACAUUCUAGAAGAAAAACACAUACCUGCACUGCCAGAAACCCAAGUAGAAGCAGAAGUUCAAAGAGAGCCACCAACGAGACAUGAAUCACAAGAAGAGUCAUCAUUGGCACAAAACCAAAGACCUGAGCAACAAAAUUCCUCUAUACAAUCAUCCUCGGGACCACCAUCCCCAGAACAACAACUUGAACAACAAGAGAUAUCUAGACAGUUAUUUUUGAGACCUCCAUCCCCAGAGCAACAAUUUGAACAAGAGGUAUCUAGACAGUCAUCCUUUGGACCAUCAUCCUCAGAGCAAAAACUUGAAAGACGAGAAGUAUCUGGACAGUCAUCCUUGGGACCACCAUCCCCAGAACAACAACUUGAACAACAAGAGAUAUCUAGACAGUUAUUUUUGAGACCUCCAUCCCCAGAGCAACAACUUGAACAACAAGAGGUAUCUAGACAGUCAUCCUUGGGACCAUCAUCCUCAGAGCAAAAACUUGAAAGACGAGAAAUAUCUGGACAGUUAUCCUUGAGACCACCAUCCCCAGAACAACAAUUUGAACAACAAGAGGUAUCUGGACAGUUAUCCUUGGGACCACCAUCCCCAGAACAACAAUUUGAACAACAAGAGGUAUCUGGACAAUUAUCUUUGGGACCACUAUCCCCAGAGCAACAAUUUGAACAAGAGGUAUCUGGACAGUCAUUUUUGGGACUAUCACCCCUAGAGCAAAAACUUGAACAACAAGAAGUAUCUGGACAGUCAUCCUUGGGACCACCAUCCCCAGAACAACAACUUCAACAACAAGAGUCUUCUAAAGAGUCACCUUUGAGACAACUUUUAGAGCAACGACCUGCCCAAUGAGAAUCUCCUAAAUAGACAUCUUUGGGACCACCAUUCCAAGAUCGUCCAUCCAAACAAUGGGAAUCCUGUUGACAGUCAUCCUUGAGAUAGCAAUCUCAGAAACAGAUGACUCUGGGGCAACGCACAAGACAAAUACCAUGAUAACAAAAUAUCAGCCACGUCGUGAAGAGCGACUGUCAGAAACUGGACAGGACCACAGGGAAAUGAAAAUAAAAUUAAACAGUUUAUUUUCAUAUUAUGCUGAGGUAUGCCAGUAGGGUAUUACAGUUACGAACAUCAUAUUUUGAAGGCCAGACUUAAAGUUUAAAAGAUGAAUAAGA